AUUUAUCGGAGGGUGAGAAUGGUUGUGUUUCUUGGCUGGACUCUGCUCUCUGUGCGCCUGCUGGUUUGUGCCUCUCAAGUUUCUCUUUCAGACCAGAAAAACGUCACAGCUGAGUCUGGACAGAACGUCACGCUGACAUGUCGAGCUCCAAACAACAUCCAGACUGUGGAGUGGAGAAGAGCUGACCUGGGAGACGAAUAUGUUUUUUUGUAUCGGGAUGGGAGGAAAACUUUAGUGCGCCAGCAUCAAUCUUUUAAGGACCGGGUGGAUCUAAAGGACAAACAGAUGAAAGAUGGAGACGUGUCUUUGAUUCUGAACAAUGUGACGAUUAAUGACACUGGAACAUACGAGUGUCGUGUCGUUGAGACGGGAACAUUUGGUUUGAAGCCCAUCAGCAUCAUCUACCUUCAUGUUGUUCCUCCAGGUGAGUGAGUAGAGUUGAGUGUGUGUGUGAUCAGAGGUGAAGCU